AUGCAAUCAAGAAAUCAAAUGAAAUCGCUAACAGACAUUCCAUUGGAAGUGAUGGAGAAAAUAACAGUCGACUUGGGAAAAAAUUUAGCAAUUGACGCUUUCAGGAUGAAGAGUGUUUUCAGAUUCUUCAACGAGAAACAUGCAGUUGUCAACAAAUGCAUAAAGAUGAGAAACCCAAAUAUUCUGUUCAGGAAUGGAUUGAUAAUGUUAUUUUUCUUAGAAGCUGAACAUGAAGGGAAAACGAUGCUUGAAGAAGCAUCUGCAUUGGGACAUUUGGAUUCAACAUUUGUUCUGGGAAUGAUGCUAAUGGCUGAAGGGAGACAUAGGAAGCAGGAAGCUUUGGGCAUGUUCAAUAAUGCUUACUGCAGAGCAAAAUGUAAGUGGAAUCUUAGAGCAACUUGUUCUAAGGUUCAUCUCAACUUAAAUAGGGAGGGGAGGAAACAUGUACACUUCCAUGGCUUCCAUAGAACUUGUGCAAUGCAUAAAUCUGUAAUUAGCGUGUCAGACGCUUUUGUGAAUGGAUACAAAUGGGUGUUUAGUUCAAAGAAUAUGUAUGAAGCGGGGGGUGAUCCUCAAGUGUACAGAACAAAAUGCAUUGACAUGUUUGAAGGAAUGGGUCCCAAAAAUCUGAAAGCUGAUUUACUUAUACGCAUAUGUGCAUUGCAUAAUAACAUUGAAGCCAUGUUCAGACAAGGAAUUGAUGAGUGCUUUUAUUAUGACAAUUUUGAUUUAGAAUUGACUUUGUUGAGACAAGCAGCAGAUGAAGAUCAUCAUGAGGCAAUUUAUUUGCUUGGAAUGAUCUACAUUUCAAGAGGGCAUCAUCAAUGUUUACAAUUACUUGAUGUCUAUUUUGGCUGGGCGGUUCCGGGUGAUGGGGAGUACAUGAGUGUUGUUGAUAGUGCCAAAGCAUUGUUGCGCGCUGUUGAUGUUGUUCAUAGACUUACAACGAAUAACAUCACAUUCCAAUGUAAAGACCCACAUCAUUCUGUUAAAGGUGAAUUUGCAAUAGGUUAUGAAGAGGAUGAGGAUCGACAAAGAUAUUGCAUGGUUUUUCGUUGAACUAUCGGUAGCAUAAUACCAAUGGAUAUGGAGUUGGUAGCAUUUUCCCUAGCAAGUCUCAUUCUCGCUACCAGAAAUAAACUACGUAGACAAUGUGGUAGCAACAUUGCUAUGGAACGAUAUUCCAUAGCACGAUCCAUUGGAGAUUAA